AUGGGCCGGUUGUCGUCGAAAAGCUACAUCAAGCUGCAUGCUCUCUUCCAGUUUGCCCUGGCUGUUUACCUCACCAACUGCCAGGAAAUUAUCGCAGACUGGGACCUGGAAUACAACGUCAACAAUGUUAUCCGGAUCGAUGCGACACCGACAUUCACACGCCCGCACUCUCCGCUCGCCUACUGUGGUGUCAUCCUAUUAACAUUCGCCCUCUUCGACCUAAUCCUAGCCAUCAAACUCCCCUUAAUAAAUCAAAUGAUUUCGAUAAUAAGCCGUCUCUUCGAUUCCAAUGGAAAUUCCCCCACCAUGUCCGCAGCGGCUAACAAGAUGAUCCGGGUCUUCACCUCCCUCUUUACGCACAUAUGCAUCCUCCUCGCCAUAACCAGAUGCCUUGUCUUUUCUAUCAUAUCAAUACGAAUCUACGCUUCUGCCCCUGAGGUCUGGAUGCCGGCUACCGCUGCAGGAAUGCAAGAUGCUGCGGCGUUGGAUGCAAAAGUCAACCAUCUGAAAAAUAAAGUGGUGCUGGGAUAUGCAAUGACGGAAAUGAUGUUCUCCGCUUCGACACUUCUCUCACUCAAAGACGAACGUCGACGGACAGACUCUUCACUAUUUGCUCCACCCCUACUAUCGAGGGCUUCACGAUAA